AUGGCCGCAUUCGCCGCCACUGCCUCCGCAUCCGCCCUCCCGGACGUACCCGGGCUGCCCAUCGCCGCCCGGUACAGCGCCCCGAAGGUGAACGAGUAUGUCAAUGACAACUGCACCGAUGACUCCGGCGGCAACGCUCCUCAGUAUCCGCACAGACCGCCGCUCCAGGCUUGUGUCGAGAUCAGCAGCGACGAGGACACCAAAGGGGUCUGGGUCUCCAAGGGCUCGACUCCAGCCACAGGAGGGAAGGGGGCAGCCUACUCGGAGCACGGAUGCAACGGCAACAGCUUCGAUAUCCUCAGUUUGAACGACCAGUGCGUCAAGACACAGGUGAAGCGCUUCGACGGCUUCGAUUCGAUUAAGAGCAUCAAGUACACGUAA